CAAGACAUCUAAACAACAAAAUUGCUCUUUAACCAGAUUUCUUACCUGACAAACACAUUUCAGUAAAAGAGUGAGAAUGGAGAACAGCACUGUAGCUCAGGGGAUGGAUUUAAAUUCCACCCUAAGUGAAGCACUGAAGAAGAUGCCCCAGGACUCUAUAGAAGUCCAGGUUGUCACUAUUCUCCUGGCUCUGUUAAUAUGUGGGGUUGGUAUAGCUGGUAACAUCAUGGUAGUCUUGGUAGUUCUCAGAACCAAGUAUAUGAUGACCCCAACAAACUGCUACCUGGUCAGCUUAGCUAUAGCUGACCUUAUUGUCCUUUUGGCUGCAGGACUUCCAAAUAUUUCUGAGGUGGUCGCCUCUUGGAUUUACGGCUAUACUGGUUGCCUCUGCAUUACAUACCUACAAUACCUGGGCAUUAACGUCUCUUCGUGUUCAAUAACAGCUUUCACCAUUGAGAGAUACAUAGCGAUCUGCCACUCCAUCAAAGCCCAGUUUAUCUGCACUGUCUCCAGGGCAAAGAAAAUCAUAGCUUGCGUGUGGAUUUUCACCUCUGUCUAUUGUAUUAUGUGGUUCUUCUUGGUGGACACCAACGAGACCAUCUACGCUGAUGGUGUGGUGGUCAAAUGCGGCUAUCGUGUCUCAAGGAACCUUUACAUGCCCAUCUAUUUCCUGGACUUUACUUUGUUCUACGUUAUACCGCUCAUCGUAGCGACUGUGCUGUAUGGUUUGAUAGCCAGGAUUUUGUUCAUGAACCCCCUUCCUGCUAACCCUCAUGACAGAGUGGGCACGGACUCGAUUCACCAAGGAAGAUCUCAAAACACCAUGAAGCUCUCCUCGAAACCAAACAAGGGUGCCAUGUCAUCAAGAAAGCAGAUAACAAAGAUGCUGGCUGUUGUGGUGAUCCUGUUCGCUCUCCUGUGGAUGCCCUACCGCACUCUGGUGGUGGUCAACUCUUUUAUGGACCCUCCUUAUCUCAAGACCUGGUUCUUGCUCUUCUGCAGGAUGUGUGUUUACACAAACAGCGCCAUCAACCCCAUCAUCUACAAUCUGAUGUCCCAGAAGUUUCGGGCUGCUUUUAAGAAACUGUGUAAGUGUAAGCAGCAGAAGCCCGAGAAGGAGACCAAAUACAACAUGCCUGUUUAUUACAGCGUUAUGAAGGACUCCUCCCACGAAAGCCCUGACCAUGAUGUCACAGAGCAGGAAGAUAUGAAUGGCUUUCCAAUGCCAAGCAAGAAUGUUAGCUUUACUGACAAAUGCAGUGACACCAACACAACAUACAGCGUGGCCUGAAAUGCUUAUUUAUGACACUUCAGAUAAAGCAUUCCUAUGAAUUCUUAGAGGUCCAUGCAUAAGUUGGGUCAUUUCUCAAAAAGAGGUAACAGGUUGUUGCUCCUUUUUGUUUUUAAUCAUCUGAGCAUUUUUACAAGUAUGAGGGAUUGUAAUGCAUCGUGAAACUAAAUUUUUUAAGGUUAGGGUCACAUUUACAAAAUAUAACCCAUUGUGCUGAGUUAUUUCUUGUUUCUUGCUGGUUCUGUAACAUUAACAUUUGGUGCAAAUGUAGCACAGUGGUAAAUGCUUUGUGAA